AUGAAGUUGACAUACUAUGCUGCCCUUGCGGCUUUGGCCGCCUCUACUGUUUCGGCCCAUUCUCUGUUCCAACAGCUUUGGGUCGACGGAGUCGAUAUGAUAUCCCAAUGCGUCCGUACGCCUCCAUCCAACUCCCCUGUGACAAACGUUGGAAGUAGCGACAUUAGAUGCAACGUCGGCGGAACAAAGGGUAUCUCGGGCAAGUGCGCCGUUAAGCCGGGCUCAACAGUCACAGUUGAGAUGCACGCGCAACCUGGAGACCGAGGCUGUUCGCAAGAGGCCAUUGGUGGCGCCCAUUACGGUCCCGUGAAUGUGUAUCUAUCCAAGGUCAACGACGCUGCGACAGCCGAUGGCUCAGCUCAGUGGUAUAAGAUUUUCGCCGAUUCGUGGUCCGCCAAGGCAGGAGGAAACUCAGGAGACGACGACAACUGGGGCACCAAAGACCUCAACGCAUGCUGCGGCAAGAUGGACGCCACCAUUCCCGCCGAUACUCCAGCCGGUGACUACUUGUUGAGGGCCGAAGUCAUCGCUCUACACACAGCUGCCUCAUCGGGCGGUGCUCAAUUCUACAUGUCCUGCUAUCAGCUCACCGUCACGGGUGGUUCCAGUACUGCCGCCGUGCCCGCCGGCGUCUCGUUCCCAGGGGCGUAUAAGGCAAGCGACCCCGGAAUCCUCUUCAACGUCCACGCCAAGGUGGCCUCGUACGUGAAUCCCGGCCCGACCGUUGUCGCCGGUGGUGUGAACAAGACUCCUGGCGGGGUUUGCGAAGGCUGCGCGAAGACGUGUACGGCCGGAAAAGGGGCCGUCGGCACUGCCAUUGGGUUGCCGGCUCCGGUGGAGACGGGAGCGACUCCAGGGGCUGGCGCCGGCUGCGCCCAGACUCAGUACCAGCAGUGUGGAGGCUCGGGUUACACCGGAUGCACGACCUGUGCUACGGGCACUUGCAAGGCGCAGUCCCAGUAUUAUUCGCAGUGCAUUUAAGUGUUUGAGUUGCUGAGAGCAUCAUAUCCAUGUCAUUCGGAACAAGGCAACCUUAUUCAGAAGGGGGCACAUGCAAGUCGAGAGUUAGGGUCACAUACAGCACAUUGAGUUCAUCGGGGCGAGGCUCUGUCCAUGUCUGUUACGAGUUAACCCCUACCCAUAGUAUUUGGCGUAUGAGAAUAUAAAGUUAAAAUAUCGUCG